AUGACGGCCGGCGUAAACGACGCCGCUGUGGCUGUGGAAGCCAAACAGAACGGCCACUCGGAGGGCGUGGGCGUCGACGAGAACGAGAAUGACAAGGUGGAGAGCAGCUCGGAGGAUGCGCACGCGCACCGGUUCGAUGGCCAGGACAGCCAGGAGCAGAAAGCCGAGCCGGCUGAGCCGGGCCGCCAGGUGCGCCGCGCCUCGCUUGAGCGGCCUGACGCCGUCGGCCACCGCACCGUCGAGAUGAUUGAGUCGUCACUGCACAAGCUGAAGCGCGAGGUCAAGGCCAUCGACCUGCUGGCGCGCCAGAAGGAGCGCGAGUGGGACAACCUGCUCCGCCUGCGCAAGGCCAAGGAGGAGACGUUCCAGCGGCUGCGGCGCAAGCGAGAGGUGCUGCUGCAGCAGCCGACCGGUGAGGCGGUGGCCGCGCCGCCGCCGGCUUCGCCCGCCCCGCCUCCUCCUCCGCCGCCGUUGCCGCUACCGCCGCCACCUCCACCUCCACCGCGCCCCGAGGAGGCGGCGCCCGUCUGCUCGACGCCCACCUCCGUGUCGGCCAUGUGGGCGCUGAAGCAGCAGCAGCAGCACCAGCUGCAGCAGCUGCAGCAACGACAGCGCGCCGCCUCGAUGUCAGCCGGGCCGGCGCCGCGGCCCGUGGCCGUGGCACCGUUCAGCGUGCGGGUGCGCGGGCCGCCGUCGGAGCCGCUCCGGCCGACCGGCGGCCUCGGGCCGCACGGCCAGCAGUACUGCGAGAUCCUGGCCCAGGUGACCCAGCUCAAGCAGCAGAUGACGGCGCCCGGCGAGCUGGGCGGUGACGCGGUGCCGGCGCACUCGAGCAGCCUGGCCAAGCUGCUGAUGGAGAAGAAGCGGCAGAUGGAGCCCGGCCUGCUCAACGAGAUGCUCAAGCCCCACAUGACGGUGCGUCCGUCCGUGAACGGUCCGCUCGGUCGGCCCGGCGCGCCGCCCGCCAGCAGCACCGCCCGGGGGCUGCCGCCUCCCCCGCCGCCGCCGCCACCGCCGUCGAACGUGGAGGCGUGGGACAGCCACGCCGACGACUGCGCCGGCUGA